GCUUCCAAACAUUUGAUUGCUUGCCCGUACGUGCGUGUCAUUUGGAGUAACGGCAUUAACCAGAAGUCUUGGUGGUGGAACGGAACCAGAGCUCAAGGAAUCAGCUCUGAACCAGUGGAGGACACAGACACCACCACCUUUGUGACCCAAUUUUCUUUGGAGGCCAAUUACCCCGUGCAAGUUACUGAUCCUCAUGAUGCUGUGACUCUUCACCUGAGCUCCAUGCCUCCUGGUUACCUGAGCACAUCCAACAUAAUUAGUCAGCCAGUCAAAAAUGUUGAAGAAUGUUCCUGUCCAGCAUUGACUUCAUCAGACGAUGCCAAAGAAGGACAAUUCCAGUUGAACAACGCCUGUGAGAAGUGCUGCCAGCCUGUGCCUCCUCCGAAGAUCAGCGACCUCAUGAAUGACAAAGAUCUUCUGGACAUACUGAGGCUGAAACUGGAUCCGUAUCACUGCACCGUGAAAAACUGGAAGAACUUUGCGAGUCGUUGGGGGAUGAGCUACGAUGAACUUGCCCUGCUGGAGCACCGGACACAAGGUUCUCUGUCCCACAGUCCCACCCAGGAGUUCCUCCUACGGUACAACCAGAAACCAGUGGCAGAGCUCACAGAACUGUGCCGCAUUUAUAAGCGCAUCGACGUGCUGCGAUUGUUGCAGAGCUGGAUGGAGAGCGUUUGGCCGUCACGCUGGCAACACGCCAACUAACCAACGCACAUCCAACAACUCAAACAUCUUCUGUGGAAGAUACAAGACUCAGCUUCAUUGGUCUCCUUUAUCUCUAGUCAGCGUUAUGAUCCACACUAAAAACUAACAAAAAGAUACUUGAGUUUGGUUUGAUUACUUGAAGUUUUGUCAGUAAAACUGAAGUGAAUUAAAUAACUCAUAUCAUAUUUUGCUAAUGGUGAAGAUUUAUAUCCAGCCUGGAGAAGACAAACCACCAAAUUUAAGUAAACAGUGGUAUUUCAGUUUGAGCACAUAAUAAGAUAAUGCCCCUUAGUUUGAUAUUUGCAGGUGGAUUGGAUCACUUCUCGUAGGAAAAGAGGCUUUAAUAGGGACUUCGUAAUGCGAAAGUGAUGACCAUAUCCUCGAGAAUAGUUUAGUUUAGUUUAGUUUAUUAAGGAUCCCCAUUAGUCUACACCGCAGUGGAGACUAUUCUUCCUGAGAAUAGACUACCUGUGUAGCUCAACGCCAACAUUUAAGUUGAUUGAUUGAUUGAAACUUUUAUUAGUAGAUUGCACAGUACAUAUUCCGUACAAUUGACCACUAAAUGGUAACACCCGAAUAAGUUUUCCAACUUGUUUAAGUCGGGGUCCACGUUAAUCAAUUCAUGGUAAAAUGACUUAAAGCAGUUGUUUUCCAGACACUUACACACAAUGGUCAGGAUGUGCUCUCCUGACUUAGCACACACCCAGAGGCAGGAAGGAGGAAUAUAAAAACAGAUGGUUUGGCUUCAGAGUUCCUCCAGGUACUGCAGACCUGAAUAAUGACGCUCGCUUGUAAUAAAGCAACUUUUUG